AUGAAAACACAUACGGUCAACCACAUGUCUAAGAGCCACGGUCAAAUACUGGACAAGCACGACUAUAACUGUUCUUCAUCUAAUGAAGAAUCGAGUCAGAAAAGAGAGGUGGGGUCAGACCUGCCCAGUGGAGGCCUGCCCCGCAGCAGGGACAGCUCUGCUGCCGUCUCUUCUCAGGAGGAGACCGAGUCCUGCUCGGGCUGUGACCCUCUGAGAGCCAGGAGGCGCAGGAAGAGGUGCACGUGUUACACUUACAAAGACAAGGAAUGUGUGUACUACUGCCACCUGGACAUCAUCUGGAUCAACACGCCAGAGCACACCGUUCCAUACGGCAUGUCCAGCUACCAGAGUCCGGUGCGUCUGAAGCGCUCGGCUGAGACUGACCAAGGCCAGAGAGGAGAAAGCGCCCAGAGAUGUGCAUGCGCACUACGGACCGACUUUGGGUGCAACGGUUUCUGCAUGGGCAGGUAA